UUGGAAGUAGUAAAACAAAUAUGUAUAUUUUUUGUCUUCUAUUUUGCACGUCUUCUGCUUAUCAAAUUAUAGUGUCAGAUAAGGAUCUUUGUAAGACCGUUGCAAAUGAUAUAAAAAGUUUGGAAAAAAAGAUCGACAAACAAUUUGAGAAAAUGGUGACGACACUUCAACAGAGUAUAGGGAAUAAAUGCAAAACUAUAGGACCUUUACUUGAAGUAGCAAAGGGAAAAGUAGCAAUGCAAAGUUCAUUAUAUGGGGGUAAACAGUAUCCUGCUAGUUUAGCCCUUGAUGGAAAUACUUAUACUUUUUCUCACACCAAUUGCGAAAGAAAUUCGUCUUGGUGGGUAGAUUUAGGAAGAUUGUUUAGAGUUGUACGGAUUGAAGUGUAUAGCCGGAUUCAGUGUUGUGGUUCGUAUCUUCACGACAUGGAUGUUACUGUAGGACCUUCCCUUAACAACAUGUCUUUAUGCAACCACUAUAAAGGACCUGCAAAAACAGGGGAACAUUUGGUCUUAGGAUGCGAAGCUACUAUGAUUGGGCGGUUCGUGAAACUGUCCAUAAUUGGUAACGGUGUUAACUGUAUGCAGUUGGCAGAAUUGAAAGUGUUUGCGUACAAUCACAACUAAUAAAGUAUUAAAAUAAAAAUACUAA